AAACAUUGUAAAUGGAAGUUUCAAGCAGCAUUUGUAGAAUAUGUAAAUUACAGAGGGCAAGAGCAGAUGUGGACUGUAUCAGAAAAGGAUAAACAGGCUCAGAUCUAUAAUAAAGGGCACGGCCCGAGGCAUGUCCCAAACCGCUCCACAUACAGAUACUACACUGAAAAAUCCAUCACGUGUCGCAACUGCAAUAAGACUGGUCAUCUCUCCAAAAACUGCCCCACAUUAAAGAAGGUGCCGUGCUGCUCAUUAUGUGGGCUUCGGGGACACUUACUGAGGACCUGUCCAAACCGUCACUGCUCGAACUGUUCGCUGCCCGGCCACACCUCUGAUGACUGUCUGGAGAGAGCCUUUUGGUACAAAAGAUGCCACCGCUGCGGCAUGACCGGACACUUCAUCGACGCCUGUCCACAAAUCUGGAGACAGUACCACCUUACAACCACUGCAGGACCCAUCCGCAAGUCUGCUGAUCCAAAGGCCUGCCAGAAACGUGCCUAUUGUUAUAACUGCUCCAGGAAAGGACACUUUGGCCAUCAAUGCUCUCAGAGAAGGAUGUACAAUUGGUCCUAUCCAUCCUUGCCAGUUAUCACCUAUUAUGACACAGUGAAUGACAUCAAAUGCCGGGAUUUCCGUCUGAAAAAGAAGGCCAGAGAAAUGCAGGACGCCGGACUGAUUUCUCCUGAUGGAGGCGUUGUAACAUUUACCCCUCAACCACCCAGAAAGAAACAAAAAGUCAGCCACAGUCCACAUCCGUACUCAAACAACACAAACAACCAGCACACACCGAAGAAACGUAUCGCACACACACCCAAACACAAUCCACAAACAAACCAACAAAACACACACUGGAGGGUCAAGCAGAACUCCAAAAAACCAGGACCCCACGGCAAAAACACCCCUCAAAGCAAAGAGUUCAAAUCUCAAAAUAAAGAAGCCAAGAACAAGAAAAGGAAAAAGAAAAAGGCUGCAGUUAUAGAUGAAGAUGCCGACUUUCCCAGAGGUUCCAAAAAGAGCCCUCACAAGGCAGGUUUUCAUUCGUCACCUCAAAAAGCCAAUGUGAAGCCAGUAAAGCUGUUUGGAGUGGAGAAGAACCACAUGAAGAAAAAAGACAAGUCGAAAAAGAAGGAGAGGAUACAGAGAAAGAGACAACAAAAAGCGGCUAAAGAUUCUGCCGCGUAUCCCACUGAUGAAAACCUCUUCCAGAUUAAACAAAGAAAGGUAAAAAGAAGUAAAUGAAAUUGAUCACACUUGUGUGAUAUCAGGUGAUUCUCAAAGUUGGUUUUGCCCUUUUUCCAUCCGAUUAGUUUCAUAGACUGUAUUUUAUUAGCUUUAUUUGGGUCAUUCUUUAAAGAAAAGUGAAAAUAAAGCACAUCAGACUGUCUUGCCCAAAUACAGUAAAAGUGCUGUUCACUAUUGUAGGAUCACACCAGAUUUUAGAGGAUUUGAAGAAAUAACACACACACACACACACACACACAUAGAUAAUUAAUUAAAAAACAAAUACAAAUGGAAAUUGUGGAUUGACUGUGUCAGUGGACUAAUUGGAAUAAUUGCUCAUUGCUUGGCUGCGUUAUACAAAGCUGUUCUUAUAUUACAAUGAUAUUAUUAAGCCUAAAGGAAUAGUUCACCUAAAAACUCAAAUUUGCUGUUGGAUUAAUCACCUUCAGGACAUCCAAGAUGCAGGACUUGUUUUUGCCACAAACUAAAUUUAAAGAAGUCUUUAAAUUUCAGUCUCAGUUACUACUGGCACUUCUAAACAAAGUCAAAAACACUUUUAGGCAAAGCAAAAGUAAUACCUGUAUCUUCAAAUUAUAUAUUAUGAAGUGAAACCAUCAGUUUGGUGAUGAAACUAAAUAUUAUUUUCAACAUUAAAUGGUUAGUUCAGCUAAAAAUUUAAAUUCUGUUAUUAAUUGUUCAUCUUUAUGUCUUCAGAACACAAGUUAAGGUAUUUUAGAUGAAAUCCGAGAGCUCUCUCGUCCUCCAUAGACAGCAAUGGUUCAAAGUCUAGAAAAGGAACCAAAAACAGUGUCAAAGCAUCCCAUGUGACUUCAGUAGUGCAUCUGUAAUCAUAUGAAAACCAAGAACACUUUUAUGAGCCAAUUUAUUUUUUAUUUUUUAAAUUAUUAGUUUGGUGUUGUCUUCUGCGUCAGAUUAGUAUGUUCAUUUACAGUCAAUGCAAUGCAUAUACGCGGCUGCUCACUCUAAUGGCAAUAUGUUGUAUUGCCCAUAGUAAAUGCGCACUGUAACCUGUCACAGAAGAAAUGGCAAAAUGUCAAAGGGCAAAGUUUUUUUUUUUUGGUGUGCAAAAUGUGAUCUUUACAUGAAUAAUAAUUAUACAAAUUAAGUCACAUAAAAUGUUUUUAAAAUAGUUUUUGUUCCCUUUUUGGUGCCUCUUAGGACCGUUUCCAUCUAUGGAAGAUGAGAGGGCUCUCAGAUUUACCUUGUACCUAAUUUGUGUUCUGAAGAUGAAUAAAUGUCUCAGGGGUUUGGAACGACAUGAGCGUGAGGAAUUGAUAGCCGAGUUUUUAUUUUUGGGCAAACUAAUCUUUUAAACUCUUAAGUCUUCGGUAUAAUGACAUGUGCCGAUGCAAACUAGAACAGUUUCAAUUUAUGAGACCUUAAUGUAUCGUCAGAAACCUUGGAUUUUAAAUUAGUUUCAGCUACAGUAUAUAUGUGCUGUUAACCGUUUACUUGCAGUAAUAGUUUCAGCUACAAAUCUUAUCAGCAACAACAACAAAAGGUUUUCUACAUAUUUGAUUGCCCAGUGGUGUGUAAAUUGACAGCAAAAUCAUUUUUUGGAUGAAUAGUUUCAAAAACUCAAUUUGUUAAGCAAAGCUUCGGGUAUUUUAUAAGCAGGUCUCCUGCUUGUACAUGAGUGUAUAAAGUUUUUUUUAUUUUAUGUACAUGCUGUAACAUCAUGAUUAAAUUCAAGUCUGUGUGUUUUGACA